CUAAAAUUCCUUGGAGCCUGAUAGUUUUGAAAACCACUGUUGAAUCACGAGGAGCAGUUAUCCUAUUUUAGUUCCAAAAGUGUUGUAAAUCUCCAGAUGUCUAGAAGUCCUUGUAUUUUCUGUAAAAAUUUAUUAAGUAACUCUAACAGUUGUGCAUUGGCUUGACGACUUGCACGUGAUUGUCUGUUUAGAGCACUUCUGGCUGGAGAUGAAGAAGAACUCCCGUUUUUUUACAUGACGAGCACUGUGAGCCAUCGAAUUUAUAAUGGAACGAGUUCUCCACGAAGAAUUUGAAAAUGGAAGCCCCCAAGAAGAUGGUAAAAAAAUGUUCGAUCCAGAAGACUACAGUGGCACGGAUUCCGAUGAAGACGAAGUUCAAUACGGAGCAAGAAGAAGAAAGCCAGACAAAGGAGCACUGAGGGGAAACAAGUUGUAUGGUGAUAAAACUCAAGGAAGAGGAAAAGUCUUAAUAUUCUCUCCUUCGCCUAAUCAUGAAAAUGGUAGAGGCAGAGGAAGAGACUACAUUAGAACAAGGGGACGGGGUUCACGAGGAACUCUGUCUGAAGAUCAUGAAGAUGGAGCCAACUACUCCAGAAAAAAUUUUCGUAGCAAAGGAUAUGAUAAAGGCAAUGAAUCAGGUGAAAAUUUCUCCUCUGAAGAUGGACGUAUCGGCCGCCAGUUGCGUUUACUUUCUAGGGAAACAGAUGAAGACGUCAUUUGCAAAAUUUGUCAGCAAUUACAAGAAGCAUUCUUGUUACAAGACAACCUCCGCUAUAUUCGGUACAAUCUGAUUCCGAUUGCCAAUAGCCUUAUAGAAACAUACAAGGUAGCAAAUAGUGCUCAAGCUCGACAAGCCAUAUCUUUGGCCAUAUCUAAGCUGGGAUAUGUUUCGGAUCAUGACUUUAACAGUUUUGCCAAAUGGAUUUUGUCUGCCUAUCAGAAAGAGGCUAACGAAAAGGUUUGCUGUUCCAUAAUGGAUGCAUUAACUGAAAUGCUGAAGCUGAACGAAAAGAAUUCUCGUUUAAAAAAUAUUGACACACUGUUGCUUCCUGGACUUCAAUCAGCCCUUGAGUCGGCUGAUACUCCUGAUCUAUUUGAAUCAACUCUUAACCCAGUACUGUUGAUUGCUGUGAAGAAUCCUAUGUCAUUUCUUCCUUGUUUCAGGGACACAGUAGAUAUUUUAGUUGGUUGGUUUGUUGAUCCUGCCCAACCAGUGAAAGUAGUUCGAUCGGCCACCAGGGCCCUUCAGAUCUUGAGGCCCUUCUGGAAAGACGACCUGUCGUUCUCCAAGACAUUACUUUCUCAAUUUUUGGAAGAUUUAGAUGCAUACGCAGCAGAAACGAAUGCGCUUUUGGUAACCCCAGUUUCUCCCGGUGAAGAUGUUUUGGCGGUUUCCUUACGAAAAAUCGCCUCACUUUUAAGUGUGUUCAUGGUUGUUGGAGCCCAGGUCUGCGUGUUGCCGGAGACAGCUAUUUUUUCCCCUAGCUUUCUCAAUAACGCAUUGUUGAAAGUAAGCUUUUGCGUAAGGGACUUGCUGCGUCAAGUCGGAAAACUGGACGAAACGGAUAUCGAAGGGAAUGCUUUAGCGGAUACAAUCCAGUUUGCAAAUGGAUGCACUUCACUGUUGGUAGGGUGGCUGUGUAAUCGGGUCUCCCCAGAAGCUGUCAAGUCUUGUUUUGAUUUCCUGGAAGACCAAGUCAAAUCAGCAACUAAAUACGAGUACCCUCUUUUAAUCAGUAUGCUUCAGUUGAUGACUAGCUUGGCUGAGCAACAUAUAGUUUCCUCGCAUCUCCCUCUUGAAACCAUCCAAAGCUGGAUGGAGAUAGCCAGUUGGCUGAUCAAUUCUACGCGCAGCCGCGAAGUUCUAGCGCACGUGGCCAAAUUACUACGCGCUGUGGUCAAAGUGAAAAAUGUUUCAUUGCUCAUCGAAGUCUACAGGCGUUUAGCAACAGACCUGGACAACUGUUUUACCAUAUUGAAAGAAAAUAGCAAGGGCAAAGUUCAUGUUUGCAGUGAAACUGAAGAAAUUGCUUUAUUGCUGCUUUCUCCUUUGGCUGAUCUCGGCCGAAGUAGCAGUCUUGUCGGCAUGUGGGCCUUGGAGCCAAGCCUACUGGAGUUAUUGGCCGUAAAACUCCAGUCUGCUGAUCAAAUUCAAUUUCUCUACCAUAAUCACCCAGCUUUAUGUUUGGGAAUUCUGAGAGUGCUGCACGGUCACGCCAAAAGCCAUACGCAUUUUGUAGCCAACAGUUGUUUGUUGGUGAAUGCCGCAUCCGGCAACAAAAACCUGCACGGCUGUAUAUCACCAACAAGCGGAAAUUUAUCGCUAAUUUUGAAUUUAUUGGCGGAACUUUGUUUGGGAUUGCAUCCCACUUCCACUUGCGAAGCUAGCAAAAUACUUCUGUUGCAAUGGUCAGGACAGUUGUUGGAUACAUGCAAGCCUUGUACGUCACAACUAAACCAGUCAGAGCUGUUCCAGCGUUUCCUUUCGUCGGUUGUUGGAUUUUGCGAAUCGGCAUGCGCACGACAUCCAUUCGCUGUGGAAUUAUUGCUGGCAUCCCUGCUGGAUUUACCGGACAUCACCGUUAAGACGGAUCUGGCCACCCAGAUAGCCAUGAUUUGUAUUAAUCAAAUACGCAACCAGUCGCACUCCAACAACUUUCUCCACUUGCUCGGACGGUUUCCAUCGCAGAUCGUACAACUUGCCAUUUGUCGCACGAAGAAUGAUCUGCUGACUGGUGUAUCUCUUUCUUCGUGGGUGCAGAACGAAACGUCAAUUACAGCCCGUAGUAGUUUACAGUUUUUCGACCUCAUCUUUAAAGGUGUACCCGUUGCGUCGUUUGGAUCUAUUUACAGCUUCUACGUUGGAUGUAGUAAGAAUAAUAUUGCUCAACCCACUAAUUGUGAUCUUCCCUUGUGGCUCGCUGUGCAGUCUGCUUUACUUUGCGUCAAUAGCAAAUUGCGCACCCCACUUGGAAAGGCACAAGACACAUUUCUUGCCAUCGAAGACGCCAUUAAAUCUGCGGCGGGUCAUCCUUCUGGCCAGGAAACUGUAACCGAACAGAACUUGGCACAGUUAAGCCGAGUUCGUCUUUUGUUGUCAUUCUACGAAAUGCUGGAAAAAUUCAUGUACAACGCAUUUGACGGAUGUAGUAUUGCUUUACCGCUAGCGCCAAAGGCUAUACGAGUUUUCUUCCGGACUAAUCAGACAACGUGCCAAGAGUGGGUUAACCGUAUGGGCUCGUCCGCCUUAACGGCAUCCGUCCGUGCUGGUCGGCAUGCCAGCGCUGUCAGAUUUGGCCUCAACUUGCUUACCCAUUGGACUCAUAGUCGUCGAGCAGUUGAAACUGCUGAGCUGGAAAAUAUACUUCAACAAAUCGUUCAAAGUAUGAUUAAAUUGGGUGCGUUUCAACAAAUCCGAGGACUCAAAUCCUGGAUACUGGCACCUAAACAAGCAGAAUUUUUCCAGUCGAUUAAUGUAGAAUUCUUGGAAGCAGCUGCCCUUCAAGCCGAGUCAAAAUACGAAAAUGCCAUUGAAUUUUAUUCUAAAGUCGAAGGCCAACCUUCAACAUUUAUAUGCAGCCAAGUGAUCGAUUCUUAUUUGGCCUUGUCAGACUGGGAAGGCUUCGCAGAGUGGAAGAACCGCGCUGUUGAUUGGCUAGGAAAUGUACCCCAACAGAAAAAACAAAUUGCAGAUCUAAUGGAAGCUUUCGAUCGUAAUGAUCAUUUGCAAUGGCCAGAAAAGUCCUCACCAGCGAUGGAAGUCCAGUGGACAGUAGAUAGCUUGAUGAACGAAGCAAAAAGCGGGCUGUCUAUGGCCGCCAAUCAAAUUAGAUCCGCUCGUUCUGUCUAUUUAGCUCCAACCUCUUCCUGGAAAGUCAUGGAAUUUUUAGUGGGCUCUAGCUUGGAGCUGUUGAAUUUGACCUUGGAAGACAAGUUGAUUAGUUUACUACCGUUGGCUCAUGCCCUGUCAUACAAGAACGAGUCUGCCUACGCGUGGAUGCAACACACCCACGCUGUCCUCAAAGGUGCCAGUUGCACCGGAUUAAAGUUUGGUGCCAGCAGUAUUGGCGUAGAGUGGGCACGCUGGCUUCAUUGGUAUUUUUCAUUGGAUAGACAAGCUUCGGAUAUUGCGAUUGCUUGUGCUGAGAUGGAUCUAUCCAUCGUUCCACAAGCUCGCGUUGAAGGCAAUUUACGUCUAGCCGAGCGUCAACUACUACGGAGCAUGACCAACUCUCAGGUUCUUAAUCAGGCUCAUGACAUGGCCACGCAGCUAAUGAACGAAGCUCUCAAGAUGAAGCUUACCUGCGUUAGCAGCACCCGACUGGCUAUUCAGAGACAAUUUGAAGGCGCUAAACUUUUACAUCAGAAAGGCGAUACGGAUGCUGCCAUCAGCGUCCUUACCCAAUGUUCGUUAGCCUUGUCACGUUCAUUGCAAAGUCCUCAGUCCACCGUUGACAUCAUUUUACCAUACAUGGCCGAAUCCUACACGUUGUUGGCCACAUGGCUUCAACAGAGCUUAGAAAGCGCCACCCCUUUGAAAAAUAUUACAACAUUAAAGGAAUUGGCCAACGCUGGACCCGUUGAUCAUGAAGAUCACGCUACGUUAGUCAGCAAGUUAAUGGAACGAGCGUCAGAACUCUGCCCAUCUUCUUCGGAGGCUUGGCUAGCUUGGGGCCAAUAUCAAUAUUCACGAGCUCAACAGAACACGCACGUCAAGUCGCUACUAACAGGAGCUUUACCCGUCGAUGACAUCAAUCGUCUAGCCGAUAACUUUGACGAAUUGUCUGGUGAUCUUGAAAUGGUUUUAACGGCAGAUUCAACUCUUUGCAAAAAACCGGCCGUGCUGAAGCGAUUGGUUUCGGAAGUUCAGAGCCGUCGAAGUUUGGCUGUUGACAACUAUAAGGGAUGCUUAAAGGCCUUCUUUCAGUAUUUGAAUCUUCGAGGAUCGAGCAGCGAUCAAAAUCAUCACCGCGAUACGGUAGAUGUGACGCUUCGAAUUCUGUGCAUCUUCAGCCGUCAUCUGGAAGAAGUCGAUAGCGAAUGGAUUGAGAUUCUAUCAGAAGCGAUUGAGCGUACACCUUCAGGAGCGUGGCGUUCAAUCACGCCGCAAUUACUUUCGCUGAUGCAACAUGGACAACCGUGGUUGAGAGCUUUGAUAAGCAAAUUGCUUGGACGUUUGGCAUCCGAGUGGCCCCAGUUGCUCGUAUUCCCCGUAGCGGUUGGUGCCGCUGGAUUAGCCUGGUCUUGGUCAACUGAUCCUACUAAUUUGGAAGAGGAGCCGGAUAAAGCCGAGGAAAAGGAAAGAGAAGCCAAAAUUUGCACCGCUUCUGAAUUACAGACUGUGUAUCAAGGGAUGAUGGACGAGAUGACGACACAAGUACCUGAUAUGGUGCAAGAUGUCCGGCUACUGCUGACGGAACUUCGUCGUUUGGUGCUCCUUUGGGACGAACUUUGGGUUGCUGUAUUGCAACAAAUACAUCCGCAGGUCGAACAGCUACUACAAAAAUUGCAAACGCAAACACAGAAACUCAACAAGAAAACUGGAUUGAGCGAGGCAGACAAGAAAGAGCUACUGCAGAAACAUUUUAUUGUGCUUUUUAAACCGGUUUUGUUGGUGCUCGAAGCUAUAAUUGACAUCACAAACGUGCCUCCACAAACUCCGCAUGAAAACUGGUUUACUCAACGCUACAGUAAAACGAUCACCGAUGGCAUUGAAAAUUUUAAGGAGGGUUGCAACUCGGAGCGUGCAGUUAACGAGUUAUGGCUUCCGUUUAAGAAUAUGCUUCAGCAGCUACAGCAUAUCAGCUAUCGCCGCUCUGUUCUUAAACUGGAUGAUGUUAGUCCAGCUUUAAGACAGAUGAGAGAUACGAAAAUUCCAAUGCCAGGAGUUAAUGAUAGCAAACAAGGUUCGACGCUGUUCAUCAAAUCAGUCGAAAAUGUCAUCAUUGUGCUGCCUACUAAAACUAAACCCAAGAAAUUCGUGUUCGUUGGGACCGACGGCAAACGAUAUGCCUACCUCUUCAAAGGCAUGGAAGACUUGCACCUGGAUCAGCGCAUUAUGCAGGUUUUGUCCCUUGCUAAUGUGCUCCUUUCCGAUUCGAAAAAUCGCUAUCGUGCUCGCCAUUACGGAGUCAUUCCUUUGGGUCCUCGCUCCGGACUGAUUCAAUGGGUCGAAGGUGUAACACCACUUUUUGCACUUUAUAAGCGCUGGUUGCAACGGCAAGCAGCCAACAACACUCAGGGUAAAGGAGAGAAAGAUAACAAUGUUACAGCCGUCCCGCGGCCAUCGGAAUUGUUCUACAAUAAGUUGACUCCGCUACUGGAGGCGGAAGGCCUGAGUGCCGAUCCGCGCCAGCGUAAUCAGUGGCCAAUUGAAAUUCUCCGUCGUGUACAGGCCGAACUAAUGGAAGAAACUCCGAAAGAUCUAGUUGCACGGGAGUUGUGGGCUGGCAGUGUGAAUGCUGAGCAAUGGUGGUCUUCAACUCUUCGUUUUGGACAGUCGUGUGCAGUGACGUCAGUGAUAGGUUACAUCAUUGGACUCGGUGACCGUCAUUUGGACAAUGUUUUGGUCGAUUUGCGUUGUGGAGAGGUCGUUCACAUAGACUAUAACGUCUGUUUCGAGAAGGGUCGACAACUUCGAGUUCCUGAAAACGUGCCGUUCCGAAUGACAGCUAAUAUCCAGCAUGCCUUGGGGGCUGCCGGAACAGGGUUGGAAGGGACGUUUCGCUUGUCGUCCAUAGAUGUGAUGAAAAUGAUGAGAGAGAAUCGAGAGCUAUUUAAAAUCCUGCUGGAACAUUUCGUUUAUGAUCCCCUCAUCGACUGGCGAACUCCAGCUCCAUCUACCUCGCAUGAAUCGACGUUGAUUCCCUUAUACGUGGUUAAUCCAGCCCUUGCGACUCGCUGUUCCAUACAGAAACGCAAUGCUGAAGCAGAUGCUACCUUUAAACUUUUCGAGCUACGAAUGUCAGAGCUGGGACCUGAUUGGUCAUUCAAUCACAAUGACAUGAUAACCGUGCUAACAGCGUUGAAAGAAGCUUCUUCUACAUGGGAGGAAGUUCACAAGCAAAUUGAAAAGUUGCAGGAAGAAAUUCAAGAUCUUCAUCAAGAUCGUCUCGUUCUUUUUGAUGUUCGUUCCGAUACAAAUCACAUUAUGCGUCAGCCUCAGCAGUUGUCUGGUAUCCUGCUGCCUCUACGAACAGCUUGGGAAGGCGAGAAGAGCGUCCGAGUUGCACUGAGAGCAUUGGUUGAAGAUAAUUCUAAAUGGAUUCAACUUUAUAUUAUGGCGUUCUCUUCCUUGAAUUCAGGCCAGCUGAAGCAAUGGGCCGAUCAAACUAGUUCUACGUCUAUCUUGGCCGAGUCGAAUGAAACAGGAUUCCCACUUGUAGUAGAAUUCUUGAAUACGUCGGGACAAACUAUAUUGGCACAUCAAGGGCAGUUGUUAGAUCAACAGGUACGGACAUUCAAGGAGAGUCAACAAAUGGCAGCAUCGGUUAUCAUAAACCUUUUGGGGACCUACUCGUCGUUAGCUGCCCAGUAUCCAUCUGAUCACCUUGAAGCUCACAGAACUCGACUGUUUUCCGUGUGGGCCAACGAUCUCGAAGAGAAUUUAUGUACUGAGACUUGCCAACGUUUAGUGGCGGCUUUUCAAAACAACUUCGACGUAGAAUCGCCCGUUCUUGCAGCGAAACAACAGCGCAUUAUCGAUUUCAAUCUGUCUCUACGUCGGUUGCUUAACGAAGCUUCUAUGCGCUUACAUCAGGCCUCGCUGCAGUUGGCGGAAGAGGACGUACAAGAUGGAUCUAACGAACGCUUAAUGAAAUCGCAAGAAGCCUUGAACGAAUAUCGUUCGGUACAUGGCCAGCAACCUGUAAACUGCGCUGUGCUGGAAAGCUUAUAUCAAGUGUAUCAGGAGGUAGACCCUAUCCAAUCUCAAUCGAUUGGUACUUUUGAUACUGUGAUGGUUGCAUGCGGUCAAGCCUGUUGCGUGUCUGAAUUUCUGUCGAUAAGUGAUUCUACGGAUGAAACCCUUUCAGAUGAAGUGACAGCAUUAAAACUGUUGGAUCAAUUACACCAAGACAUGCAAGAAUUCAUCUUUAACGGAACGACCAUAGUUCUUCCGGAAUUGAUUCGACUUUUUGAGUGCUCCGAUAAGAGUGUUUUGCAACUUCACGAAGAACUCGAAGUUCUUUGCAUUGAUAUAAAUCUCACAAAAAUGGAGAUGACGAGACUACGCUUCCAAGACUUGCUGGGAGAAGGUAUCGAUGGUGAAGUCCGUUUGACGCAAGGACAAAUGCUUCUAUUGUGCCUCAACGGUCUCUUUGAGAAAGUUGAAUCGGGAUUAGUAAAAUUAGCAAAUCAUUUGAAAACAAUGCCAGCAGUUGAGAACUAUGUGGAGCUCCUUGAAGAAGCCCAACAUAGAAUGGAAACAGAGUUUGACAAUUUGGAAGACACUCUUAUGGGGCAGCGUCUCAUGUUGAUGAUGUCUCUCUUCCAGAGUUGCUCAGACUGGGCAGUGGGAUUCCAAACAGGCCAAAUAUCUCGAGAAUUACAGCAAGAUUCGUUUGUGGACAAGUUCCAGAGAAUGGCCAAUGCCUGGGUAGUCCAAUUUCUCUCUGGUGCUACUUCUUUCUGCCUGGCCCGGCUUUGCGUCCGUCUGGCAGAACAGCCGUUUACCAAUGAGGAUGCCCCAUCUUGUAUUGAAGAUUUAAUCACCGUGAAGAGAAAUGCGAUUAAAUCGCUUGAGGUUACUGAAGAGCAACUGGACGAAGCGUCCGAAUCGAUCCAUUUGAUUGAAGUGCAGUGGCGUAAAUGCGAAUCGCUUAAAUUGGCACGACAAAGACAAGAAAUCGAUCAAUGUUUGGCGCAGUUAUUGCAACAGCAAUUAUCAGCCCAUUCGUGGCUACAUGACACAAAUGCGGGAAUGAACUCGGCAUGUGGCCUAUUUAUCCACAAUCUGAAACAGUCACUUUCUGUUUUAUUGUCACAAUCACCGCAAUUGACAGAGCUUCAUCAGCAACUGACGCAGUUAGCCACUCAAGUAGAACAGCGGCUCAAGUGGGCAGCUGGAGCCAAUUCAAACCUUCUCAAGGUUCAUAAUGAAUUUACCGAAAUGCAAAGUAAAUGCCUUCAGCAGUUGCAAUCAAUCUCCUCGUUAGCUACUGGAUUGGCAAGUGUCAGCAGUGCUAUUUUGCAUUAUGAAUCUUUCCGUACGAGGACGCCCGAGGCCCUUGCAGCUGACUCGACAUUUAUUCAAUUACUGUCUCAGUGCCAAGACGUUUGUUUGCUGAAGGACUGUGGCACCAACGGUCGAUUGACAGAUGCCGAAGUACGAUUGGCUCGACGUAUUAAUGUGGGAGAAGACGGCGCCACCGACGACUGGAUUAACCAAACAGAGAAAUCGAUUACGGAUAAAAUCCUGAUAUCGAAGGAGCGUAUGACUGAAAUGUUGUCUAUGCAAUCCGCACGAGUGGAAGAGUUACAUCAGUUGAACGGUACCAUGCGGAACCAGCUGGCUGUUCAUCACCAACUUAUAUCGGACGUUCGUUCCAUAUUGAAAACUAUGGCUAAGUGUGAGACAGAGGACGGGCCUGUUUCGCAGUACUUGGAGAAAUACCGUCUAUUUUCGGAAUGUUGUUCUUUGUUAUCGCGUCAUUUGGCUGCAAAAGAUUACGAUUCCAAGAAAAUUACAGAAAUCCAAUCCGAAAUAGAAAUCUUGCAGCAAACGACAAGCAAUAUAUACGAUGGCUUACAACAACUUUGUGGCGUUCUGACUAAAGUUGAACAACCAAUUCGAAAUUCUAAUGAAGUAAAUGCAAUUGCUGCUUCUAUCUGGCACCGUGUGCGACUGAAAUUGGAAGGUAGAGAUCCUGAUCCAAACAAGCAGCUCACCGUUGAACAACAAGUCGAUUCCAUUAUCGAGGAAGCUACAAAUGUGGACAAUCUGGCCCUUCUUUACGAGGGCUGGACACCUUGGGUGUGAAACAGCUGCGAUUAAACGAGAAUU